AUGAGUUCCGCAUUGCCUCCGCGUCCUGGCGCUUCUUCUCCUUCUGUGUCUCUCCGUCGCGCUCCCUGGCCGCUUCAAGCUGCGUCAACUCUCUCUGGCAGCAGCAGUGAUAGCGACCAAGACGAAGCAGCGCUCAGUGACGCUACCAACGACUACGCAGAGCAAGAAGAGACAGCACCAAGCGAGUCAGAAGCUGAAGACUCCACACGCUCUAGACGACGACGACAGCGGAUUCACUUCGACGUGGAGCAGUUGCAGACGGUCUACCACUUGCCACUCAAGACGGUGAGCUCGGACGGCUGA